AGCAAAGUGACGGCCUACCCAAGGAGAAGAUGGACAGCGAGAAAAGCCGGGGUCCCCUGCUGACCGGCAACAUGGCGCCAGACAUCACCGACGCCUACAUAAAAAAACACGGUGGGGACCAGUAUGGCGGCCAGCAGCAGCUGUACACUUUUAGAAAGUGUACUACUGGGCGGUCGGCAGGCGAAGAUUUCCAAAGCGACACGUCAGGGGAGACAACUGCCAGUGACAGCGGUCGAGGCGGAAGUGAGGAAGACAUUCAACUCCCACCGUUGCCGGAGAUGUCAGUCGACACGUCAAGAAUGGUAUUUUCACACAGCCCUGAAAACCUGUCGAAAGACCGUCGUUUCAUGUACACCAACAACCCUCACGACCCCGAAGCCAUCUCUUUUGAGACAUUCUCACCUCGCAUGCUUCCUUCGUACGGGCACCACCUACCACGUGACCCUGGAGCGCCAACCGCCUUCCGUGAUGUUCACACCCUGGGCAACACGCGGCCGUAUGCCGCGCAGGAGCGGAAGUUGCCAGCCGACAUCAGCAGCAGCAGCGGGAGGCGCACGCAGCGUCCACCGCCCCACACCCAGACCCCGCCCACCGGCUCGUCGCCGACGAUGAAGGAGACGACCUUCGGCGGCAAGCGAGUUACCUUCAAGAACGACUUGAAUGCCAAGAACCUGCAGACGCUGGACCUGGUGCACAAGAUGGCGCCGUCUCCCUUGCCGCUCGAGGAUGUCACCCCCUUCCGCGGCGGCGGUGACGACCGCUCCCCUGGCGGUUACUGCCCCAGCAUCACGAGGUCCCACGACGACGACGAUACGACGACUUCCGGUAGCUACACCUUGAACGUCGAGGACGACCUCGACGACUUGCCCCCACCGGUCGGCUACUCUCUCGCCUGAAACUCUUCUCUCCCCCGCUUCCACCUCCACCUUCCGGUCUGUAGCCGUUUAGGUAGCCUGGGAAUCGUUGGCGCAAGUGACUGUCACCAAACUCUGAUCGUGUUGACUCAUACAAGGCCACUCUAACAAACCACGUGGACAAAGUGACAAUGAGAGAGAGGCAACCGAACUGCCUUGUUGCCUGCGACACACAUCUGCCGCUUGAUAAAACAUCUUUGUUCAUGUCGUUUGUCCACACUUUGUUUCAACAGACUUUGUGGUAAAAUGUAAUUAUCGUUUCUGCAUUCCCAUUUCAUCUCAGAUAACAGGAAAAGUAUUCUUUCUUUUCCCGAUCUGCUUUUUUUAAUUGUCGAUAGAGCUUUUUUUGUAACUGCUGUUUACUCUUUGGUCCUUCCACUCCUCAUUUUAAGAUGAGGAUUUCUAUUUGGCUGGUAGAGGAAGCGAUGAUUUUAAAUUUGAUUUUUAACAAGUCUUUUUAUUGGCAUGUUAAAGUAUGAACUAGUUUUGGGAUGAUAUAUGAGCCACAGUUAAACAAUUUUAUUUCUGCUCAAACUCGCCCACAUUUCCGCCCAAACAUUCGCGUUAUAUGGAGGAAAGGUACAGUUAGUGCACAGUUCUCCAAACCUUGCCAUGUUCCUGGAGUCAAAAGUAUGUCCUCAUGUAGUUUUUUUCCUCCAGGAUACAAGAAUUUAGCAUUUAUGUUAUUGUCUCCAAUAAAUUGAAGCACAAUCAAUUUGAAACAACCCCUUAACGAAUGGGGUUAAAUAAUAUGAUUUAAACAUCAUAUCCUGGUACCUGAGCUAGGGCUGAAUACUAAAAUGUGUUAAUAAUAAUAAGCUGAAUAGUAAAGCGUGUUUAAAGAGGAAUGAAGUAAGAUCACUGCAAAGAUGCAAAAACACAUGAAGAGUAAAAUUCAUAUUUUGGAUACGAUUGACUCCGAAAUGUUGUAAAUGGCACAACAUCCGACGGGUACUAACAUAAUUAAAUCACUCUUACUGCACCAAUAACAUUUGCUUAUUUUAGUACGAACACAGUAUAUCCAGCUUUAGUCAUGUACAGCUCAAAACUUAUUAAUCAGAAAUUGUUGACAUCUUUGUGGCAGUGCUUCAGUUAAAUGUUCUGGGCUCGAAGACGAGACUCCGGGUCCAUCUGUAAGACAACCUGCUCUGUACUUCGUGAAAGGCUAUAGGUAGUGACGCAUGCGCACAUCCACAUCACUGUUUGAUUUUUCAUGAAUAGUGGACACGUGACAUUUUUCGUUUAGUUGCACAGUACUGUAAUUUCAGGAGUAAGUGAUGAAGUGAUAGACUGAUGGCCUGUGUGCGUGUGCGUGAAUGCGUUCGUGUUGGUAAGUGUCAGAGGUCAACUGGGUAGAUGAUGGUGUCCAGUUCUGUCACUGUCACAUAUUUUUGGAGUUCAGUCUACAGCGUGUUGCCACUCAUGUGCUUUUAGGGUUUGAGAAACGUUUUUCAGCGACUCAUGGACUUCAAGUGACGUCACAGUUGUGCUUCUCGCGACACGUGUGUACAUCAACAGUAGUGUCCGUUCACAGUGUAUUCUUGUUGUCCGCAGCGUUCAGUGGCGCGCUAGAGCAGCGACAGUCUCUCUCAGAUAACAAAAAAAAAAUAAUGCAGUGAUGACUUUCAUAAAUGUGUUUCCUCUCCGUGGUGUAAGUCUAAGCCUGACCUUUCGCUGCCUUCAUGCGUUAUUUUGCCGUUUAAAGUGAAACAGAGAGCCAUGAUGAAAUCCCUUGUAAAGUGCCAGAUAAUUAUUGCUUUUCUGUAUAUUCGACGACUUAAAAACUUGUACAGAAAAAUCCUCUCUUUACCCAUUUUUUUUCUAAUGUUCAUUUCAUCUUUUUUAACGUCUUUUUCUAACUUUCAUUUUUUUUUUUUUUGUCUUUCUUGUCUUUUUUUUGUCUUUCGUUCUAUGUUACCUUUAGUCAGAAUUUUUCCUGACUGUAAGGUUGAAGCGAGAGCUCCUGUGGCAAACUGGCAAACUGGGAAGGAGGACUUCAAUUAAGCAUCAUAUCACAUACAAUUUGAAGCCUUCUGGAGAGAGAUAAAAGCCCGCAAGUCUCCGACUGUUGCUGGACCAGCGCUAAACACGUGAACCAGACGGCCUUGAGAGGAACUUUAAAGCUGCAGUCGUCUCUGAUUUCCUCGCCGGCUUCUCUGCGGUUUCAAGGACCCCUGCUUUGAUGUGGUGGACAAAAAUAACAUUACUAGUCAAGUAUUCAGGCUCCUGCCAAACAGCGGAAGCGAUCGAGUUGUGCAGACGACAUGAAUACCGCAUUAGUUCUGCUAGUGCCAGAGGGUACUUGCAGGAAUAGCUAAUUUUGAGGUGGAUUCCUUUCAGCGGGGAGAGGAGAAAUACGACAGAGAGACCAAGGAGGGGAGAGAGAGAGAGAAAGACAGAAGUUUUCUGGUUUCACGUAAACGCUUCUCUCAUUCUGAACCAAAUUACCGCGGAUAACAAUGUUUGGCACGAAUGUGUGAAAACAAUGUGCGGCUAAUUGUGUGAGAAGAAAACAAAACCCAUCGCUGAAGUGAAGAAAAGAAAUUAUUUCGCCGUUUUGUGGCUUAUUUAAGAAUCGUAAAAAAAAAAAGCAGAGUAUUUCACAUUAAGUUGACCGGAUCCGCGAAUUAGUUUAUCAUUGGUCUUAACCCGUGAACAUGUGAAUUGUGGAAAAGUUGACAAGACACCGACUUUUACAAUUCCUGGACAGACAUUUUUUUUCUCGGCUACCAUCUCCUGCAUUGUCUACACCUUCCUCCCACACUCACACAUAUACAGACACAAAAACACACUCUACAUCAUGCUUCUGUAUAUGUUCUGCUUGCCAAAUGGCUUCCAGUUCAUUCCGUGGACUAAGCGUACGCACAUGCGGCAGAACCACAGAGAUGGUCAUAGCUAUUUUGCAAAUGUAUAGCUAACCAGCUGAGACACAAAGUAAUGUGAAAGUUCAAGACUAAAACUGGAAAGAAAGGUUCAAAGGUUACAAGGCUGUGUACGACCCUCCCAUCUCUAUGUUCGUGAGAGGGAAACACAAGACUUGUUUCUGUGGACUAGCAUUGUGUUUCUUUGUACAAGCUUACACUAGUACACUUGUUUUGGUGGAAAUGAUAACACUGGUGUGACUAACUGUAAGUAGGAAUGUCCCUACCAUACACUGGAAGAGCCACCGUGCCUGUCUGCAUGGUUUGUCCAACGUUCUUUAUGUUUUCCGUUCGUUGGCACGUGACUUCAACGUUUUCGCGAGGUUACCUCUUUACAAGCCGUAGAUCAUAAAUGCUUUCGAGUUUAUGUUGCCCUAUGUUCAAGCCAAAGACUGUUGAAAUGUUUAUCCGCUUAAAGACAAUUGCUCUGGUAUAAAAUGGUAAAAAGCCUGAUUUUUAUUUUGCUUUGCUUUAAUGACAUAAAAGAAGAAUCCGUACCUGAUCAGAUAUGUUCACGAUUUUUAUCUAGUUUUAAAUGUUCAUUUGGGUUAUAGAUUUUGUAAGGCUAUAUUUUGAUUCCAUCCGACUUUUUUUUAUCUAUACGUCCGUGGUCUGUAUUCUAGGCUGGAAUUCAGAAAGUUCUGCGAUGGUAAAGCCGAUAACAACUGUUCUUACUCCAUCAAGUGUGUCCAUCCCGUUUUAUCAAUGGAGUCUUUGGAGCCUGUCGAAUCAUGAAGGAGGCAGGAAUUACAGUCAGAGGUUAUUGGUUUGAUGGUUUAGUAGUCUAGAAUUCCAGCCUUGAGCUUAACAACUGCAUGAGUCUUGAAGCAACUGACAAAAGUCCGAUCCAGGAAUGCUGACCUCCCACAUUUUCAAAACAAACAACUGCUCAUGUUUUUUUUUUGUAUUAGGUUCAUUCUUUAAAAAAAAAUUUGUUGAUCGGUUGAUAUUGUUAUAUCGCUAAUUUGACUUUUUGUUGUUCUUUUAUUAAAAAGAUAUUUUGUCCAAGUAUAAAAAUCCAUCCAAGUCGUCCAUAUCUGUUUUGAACUUUAAACAAUUUUUACUAUUUUGGUUGGUGUGUCGUUUUAUGUAACAGUUUUAAUGUUUUUAAUUAUUUUAAAAUUAUGUAUUUUUAAAAUUUUAUUGUAAUUGAAUGUGACUGCGUUAGAGUUAAGCUGGUCCUUUUAUCUUUGACGAUGAUUAAUUUGUGAGAUUGAAGCAGCUUGGUACUAUUUUAGUGAGCGCAUUCUUACGUUAUAAGUUGUAAACGGGCUGUUUAUGGAUCGAGUCAUUUAUUCACAAACCAAACAAAGAAAUUUGCCAAAUACUAGCUGAUGAAACCUUUAUGUUGAAAAUAAAUCCGAACCACUAAACUAUUUCUGCCAGCCAUUUUUUUUUCGCUUCUAAAAGCUGAGGAGUUCUUUACACAUGUUGACUUUUGUUAUCGCGAUGGAGGCACCGGCAAUGGAGCUCGUCGGCAUUGUUGUCCCUGACGGGCAAACAAACUGCAUCGUUCAUUAUGACGUCAUAUCCGUUGAGACUGGCUUGGAGCGGAAGUGAGCAUAUUGAGGCAUUUUGGUCCCUAAAUGUUUACUUCUGCUGCCGAGGGCAGUUCUUUCCAGAUCUGCACUUACUACCAAACAAACAAACAAACAUGCACCUCUGCCAAAGCACCCGGGCGUUGGCAAAGACAUGGCCUCGUACACAGACGCUAAGACUACCGCUAAAUGCCGCUGUAUUUUGCGUAUUUGUUCGCUACACGGGUAAAGAUAUAAUAUUUUUUUCAUUUUUAAUAGGAGAAUAAUUCUACCGUUGUAAAAGAAAAUAUCACAUUUGCGGCUUGCACAAGCAGCAGUCUGAAAAGACCGAGUAAGAUGAAAAAAAGGACAAAUGAAAUUUCCUUUCCCUGCAUAUAGAUAUUGUAAUUCUGUGCUACUUGUAACCAAUCUGUCUGAUCUGCUUUUCAUUGACCUCGGUUGUCAAGAGGCUGCCACGCCAAUGUCAUUGUCUGGGCAGCAAAGUGAAAGACAGUUAUCAUUCAUUCAUCAGCAUGUUCAAAAUCAAGUUUCUUUGCAUGUUUUUCACACCUGUAUAAGUCUUUCUUUUCAAGGACUAAUCGCUUCUACCGUCAUGUCAACUAAUUGAUAUAAACAUAUUCAUAAUAUUCAACAAACGAAGGUAAAGUAGAACUUGGAAGAGCUGAUUGAGUGCGUGCUUCAGAAUUUAACUCAUUCUGUGCGUGCUCCUGGGCACACGGCUCUUUCGUUUUGUACUUAUGUAAUGACAAGUGUAUUGUUUGAUCGAUAUCUGUGUUAUCAUGAGUACCUGAAGCAGUGUGGUCAGACUUUUACAGCCAAGGAGUGUUGAGGCGUGUAAUUUAUUUCAUUUCAGUCUCAUGUCCUAUGACGCCAUUUUGUGUUAUUGUGAGUGUACAUUGCUGGCUCUAUGGAUAUUCCUGUUAAUGUUGUCAACAAACCUCUUCGUGUUUCUGUUCUGAUUCGGGACACCGAUUAAACUGUAUGACAUUUC